AUGGCUACUGCAGCACCCGAAGAGGUGCCUUCCGCCGUGCCAUCCUCACCAGGCACCGAGGAGAAGCUGGAGACAGAGAUGUCUUCGCUGAACAUCGUCGCGGAUCCGGUCACGGCCGUGCCUCCUCAUCGGUCCCACGACCCCCAGUACAACCAGAAGAGGACUGAUCCCUUCCAGUUCGGGUCUCGCUAUCUGAACGAGCAAGACGAUGUCUUCGAGUUCAAUGCCUGGGACCACGUGGAGACUGACGACACGUAUAAAGAGUACGCUGAACAGCAGUACGAGAUGCAGCGCCAGUCUCCCGUCUCUGACUUUGACAGGAAAAGAGUCAAUGAUGAUCCUGCAAAGUUCUGGAAUCAGUUCUACAAGAACAACACCGCCAACUUCUUCAAGAACAGGAAGUGGCUACAACAGGAGUUCCCUGUGCUAGACAAGGUAACGAAGGAAGAUGCCGGCCCCAUCACGCUCCUCGAAAUAGGAGCUGGAGCUGGCAACACUGCCUUCCCUAUCCUCGCACAGAACAAGAACCCUCAUCUCAAGGUUCAUGCUUGCGAUUUCUCCAAGAAGGCCGUCGAUGUCAUGCGGUCUCACGAGGAGUACAAUACCGAGCACAUGCAAGCGGAUGUGUGGGACAUCGCAGGCGACGACCUCCCUCCUGGCCUCGAGGAGGGCUCCGUGGACGUCGCCCUGCUGAUCUUCAUCUUCUCCGCAUUGUCACCGGCGCAGUGGAAGAAGGCCGUCCAUAACGUGCACCGGCUUCUCAGACCCGGCGGCGAGGUCUGCUUCCGCGACUAUGGGAGAGGUGAUCUCGCGCAGGUCCGGUUCCGCAAAGGUCGCUACCUCGACGAGAACUUCUACGUUCGCGGAGACGGUACGCGGGUCUACUUCUUCGACAAGGACGAGCUGGCAGGCAUCUGGUCCGGCAAGCUAGCAACAGACGAAGGGGACGAGAACGCUGCUGUCUUCGAGAUCGAAGACCUGGGCGUUGAUCGGCGGUUAUUAGUGAACCGCGCUCGCAAGCUGAAGAUGUAUCGUUGUUGGCUACAGGGCAGGUUUAGGAAGAAAUCAAGUUAA